AUGGUUAACUCUGCGAAAGAUUAUUUUGCUGUCACCAUUCUAUUUGUAAUUAAUUUAUUAAAUUAUGUUGAUCGAGAAACUGUAGCAGGAGUCUUGGAUGAUGUUCAGCAUUACUAUGAUAUCAAUGAUACCUUAGCUGGUCUCAUACAAACUGUCUUUUUGGUUUUCUUUGUAAUAGCUUCUCCUAUCUGUGGCUAUCUGGGUGACAGAUAUAACCGUAAAUGGGUCAUCUGUGUGGGAAUGUCUAUAUGGGUUGCAGCUGUAAUUGGAUCCUCAGUCAUUCCAUCAAAUAUGUUUUGGCUGUUCCUUCUUCUUCGAGGGAUUGUAGGUGUCGGAGAAGCAAGCUAUUCGAAUGUCAGUCCAUCUAUGAUCUGUGACAUGUUCACGGGCCAAAUAAGAAAUCGAAUUUACAUGGUGUACUACUUGGCAGUACCUUGUGGAAGUGGCUUAGGUUAUAUGGUGGGAUCAAACAUCUCAUCCCUAACUGGACAUUGGCAAUGGGGUGUCAGAUGCACUGCCAUCGCGGGUUUGAUUGGAAUAGCCAUUCUGGCUUUCCUUAUCCCUGAGCCUGAAAGAGGAGCUUCGGACAAGGAAGAUGAAGAGAAGGAACUCAUCAUUGAACCAUUGGAGCCUUCUUCCAUUUGGCAAGAUCUCUACUCAAUCUGUACCAAUGUCACAUUCAUCAACUGUACUAUUGCAUAUACAUCUUUAGUAUUCGUUGCUGGAACUAUGCUCUGGUGGACCCCUACCGCAGCAGAGCAUCGCUUGGCUUGGGAAAGAAAUCUCACAAGCACUCACAAGUUGAGUGAUAAGGAUAAAGAUAAAAUCAACAUGCUGUUCGGAAUAAUUACAUUGGCAUCAGGCAUCAUUGGAGUAGUCAGUGGAACGUUCCUCUCAUGGGCAUUGCAAGAAGGUAAACUUGGAUUGGGACGAUUCAAAACAGAUCGCGCGCCUCCAAUAAUCUGUUCAAUCGGAGCCACACUUGCUUUACCUUUAAUGUUUAUCACAAUUCUAAUGAACGACGACAGUGCUGUUGCUCUAUGGAUACUAUCCUUCUUCUCCAUAACAUUCUUAUGUUUCAAUUGGGGAUUGAACGUGGACAUCGUAAUGUCUGUAGUAGUGCCAUGGAGAAGAAGUACGGCUUUCUCAUGGUUCAUGUUGUCAUCUCAUCUAUUGGGUGAUGGUCCAGGACCAUAUAUCAUAGGAGCUAUAUCAGAUGCUAUUCGGACAGAUGAUACACCAUUAGCUCAUUACAAAUCAUUAGUUGCAGCAUUUUCAUCUUUACUUGGCUUGCUGGUAGCAAGCUCAGUCAUGUAUGCAGUAACAGCAUUAACGCUGCUAAAGGACAAAGAGAAGGUUAAUGAAGAAAUCCUGAGGAACAGCAAACAGCAAUGA